AUGUCGGGGAAAAUUCCUGCUGAACAAGCUCAUACAAGACUCAGCAAAGCCCUUGAUGAAUUGCAGGGUCUUCGAAAUAAUCUGAGCAUUCCAGAAGCACUUUUAGAUGUCUGGGAAACCAAAUUUAACCGUUGGCUUUCUGAGCUCUCAAACAUAAACGAAGAGGAAAUACAGAUAGUAAGUUGCAUUAAUGAAAAUACUUACAACCGUGCGAAAAUGCUGCCAACGGCUCAUCAAGAUCAGCGAACUGUUGCUCAAGCACACGUGACAUCCUACACAGCGCAGAUGAAAGCUACCAUGCAAAAGUUACAGAAGCAUCCAAAAAAUAUUAAGAAAGGUGACUUAGUCUAUCUUCGUAUUCCAAAAGCUGACAAAAAUAAGUUUGAUCGUACUAAACUGGCUUGUAAAGUUAUUCAA